CUCGCCCAGCGCCCCUCCUCUCGUGGCAGGAAUGGGAGGGCCACAGAGUGCGGAGGAGAGCGGCGUGGCCCGGAGCCACACGGGAGGCAGGUUAACAUAAAACGCCUCCGUGAGAGGCCGGUGGAGUCAAUGACCACCACAGUUGUGGCUUCCGGGAGGCUGCCUGCAUCAGGGUAGUGAGCGUCCCAAGGAGCGAGGCGGCCAGAGACAGAAGUGGCUCCCGUAGUACAAGCUAAUGCCACAGCUCGCUGGCCUGUUUUUCUGGACAGUUUGACAUUGAUUUUCAGUCAGGUUUUCAGCUGCCAGCAGAAGCUUCUCCUGGUUUCUCUUCAGAUUUAUAAAGUAGAUGCCAUGGCUUCUCUUGUUGAAGACUGUCCCACUUGCAAGUCAAGGUUGGUGUCUUAUAACUGGGUUCCUGCUGCAAGGGUUCGAGGAUAUCCUUCCUCUUCAUUUGCAGAACAUGGAGGCUCCAUGUGUCAACAUCGUGAAGUUUCCCUUCCGCUUACCGUGGUAACCCGGGACAAUGCGCAGGAACCCCUCAAAGCAAAGAAAGCCCCUGGCAGCCACCAUUCUACAUUCUGCCAGCCACAAUUCUGCAUUCUGCCACAUAUAGGCAAAAUUGUGCAGAAUUUGUUCUUCUACUGGCUUAUAUCACGUUUUAGAAACUGUCAGCAAAGCCACACAGAACAACAUAUUUUAAGAGGGAUAUUUUUCACCUUUAUAAUGAAGAAAAGCAGGAGUGUGAUGACAGUGACGGCUGAUGACAAUGUUAGAGAUUAUUUUGAAUGUAAUUUGAGUAAAUCCUACAGCUCUUCUAGUAACACACUUGGGAUUGACCUCUGGAGAGGGAGAAGGUGUUGCUCAGGAAACUUACAGUUGCCACCACUGUCCCAGAGACAGAGCGAAAGGGCAAGGACCCCGGAGGGAGAUGGCAUUUCCAGACCAACCACACUACCUUUGACGACUCUUCCAAGCAUCGCUAUUACAACUGUAAGCCAGGAGUGCUUUGAUGUAGAAAAUGGCCCUUCCCCAGGUCGGAGCCCGCUGGACCCCCAGGCAGGCUCUUCCUCUGGGCUGGUGCUUCAUGCCACCUUUCCUGGGCACAGUCAGCGCCGAGAGUCCUUUCUCUACAGAUCAGAUAGCGACUAUGACUUGUCACCAAAGGCAAUGUCAAGAAAUUCUUCACUUCCAAGCGAACAACACGGCGAUGACUUGAUUGUAACACCUUUUGCCCAGGUCCUCGCCAGUUUGCGAAGUGUGAGAAACAACUUCACCAUACUAACAAACCUUCAUGGGACAUCCAACAAGAGGUCCCCAGCUGCUAGUCAGCCUCCUGUCUCCAGAGUCAACCUGCAAGAAGAAUCUUAUCAAAAAUUAGCAAUGGAAACACUGGAGGAAUUGGACUGGUGCUUAGACCAGCUAGAGACCAUACAGACCUACCGUUCUGUCAGUGAGAUGGCUUCUAACAAGUUCAAAAGAAUGCUGAACCGGGAGCUGACACAUCUCUCAGAAAUGAGCCGAUCAGGGAACCAGGUGUCUGAGUACAUUUCAAAUACUUUCUUAGACAAGCAGAAUGAUGUGGAGAUUCCAUCUCCCACCCAGAAAGACAGGGAGAAGAAGAAAAAGCAACAACUCAUGACACAGAUAAGCGGGGUGAAGAAAUUGAUGCACAGUUCAAGUUUAAACAAUACAAGCAUCUCACGCUUCGGAGUCAACACAGAAAAUGAAGAUCAUCUGGCCAAGGAGUUAGAAGACCUGAACAAAUGGGGACUUAACAUCUUCAAUGUGGCUGGAUAUUCACACAACAGACCCCUAACAUGCAUCAUGUAUGCCAUAUUCCAGGAAAGAGACCUCCUGAAGACAUUCAAAAUCUCAUCUGACACAUUUGUCACCUACAUGAUGACUUUAGAAGACCAUUACCAUUCAGAUGUGGCCUAUCACAACAGCCUGCAUGCUGCUGAUGUUGCCCAGUCAACCCAUGUUCUUCUCUCUACACCAGCCCUAGAUGCCGUCUUCACAGAUUUGGAAAUCCUGGCCGCCAUUUUUGCAGCUGCCAUCCAUGACGUUGAUCAUCCUGGAGUCUCUAAUCAGUUUCUCAUCAACACAAAUUCAGAACUUGCUUUGAUGUAUAAUGAUGAAUCUGUGUUGGAAAACCAUCACCUCGCUGUGGGUUUCAAACUGCUACAAGAAGAACAUUGUGACAUCUUUCAGAAUCUCACCAAGAAGCAGCGUCAGACACUCAGGAAAAUGGUUAUUGACAUGGUGUUAGCAACCGAUAUGUCCAAACACAUGAGCCUGCUGGCAGACCUGAAGACCAUGGUAGAAACAAAGAAAGUGACAAGUUCAGGCGUUCUCCUCCUGGACAACUACACUGAUCGCAUACAGGUCCUUCGCAACAUGGUACACUGUGCAGACCUGAGCAACCCCACCAAGUCCUUGGAAUUAUAUCGGCAAUGGACAGACCGCAUCAUGGAGGAAUUUUUCCAGCAAGGAGACAAAGAGCGGGAGAGAGGAAUGGAGAUUAGCCCAAUGUGUGAUAAGCACACAGCUUCUGUGGAAAAAUCCCAGGUUGGUUUCAUUGACUACAUCGUCCAUCCACUGUGGGAGACCUGGGCAGAUCUGGUACAGCCUGAUGCCCAGGACAUUCUGGAUACGUUAGAAGAUAACAGGAACUGGUAUCAGAGCAUGAUACCCCAGAGUCCUUCUCCACCAUUGGACGAGCAGAAUAGAGACUGCCAGGGUCUGAUGGAGAAGUUUCAGUUUGAACUGACUCUUGAAGAGGAAGAUUCUGAAGGACCUGAAAAGGAGGGUGAGGGCCACAACUAUUUCAGCAGCACAAAGACCCUCUGUGUGAUCGAUCCAGAACAUAGAGAUUCCCUGGGAGAGACUGAGGUAGACAUCGAGACAGAAGACAAGUCACCGAUCGACACAUAAUCCCCCUCUCCAUGUGGAGAUGAACAUUCCAUCCUUGACAAGCAUGCCGGCUGUAUGGCAGGGCCAGCCUGCCGCGGGGGCCAAGGCCUGCACAGGACAGGGGCCACGUGGCCUUUCCAGUUACUUGAGUUUGGAGCCAGAAUGUAAUACCAUGAAGCGAAUAGCAGCUCAGGAAAUCCCACAGUUGACUUGCCUCAUUUGCAAGCUUGGUGGGGAACUGAAGCUUUAUGUGGUACUGGAGGCCAAGUUGGGGUCACAACUAAAUGGCUUGAAAAUGGAAGACACAAAACUGAGAGAUUUUUCUGCACUAAGUUUGGGGACUCUGUCCCUACUAGUGACUGAACUGACUAGCUAAUAACUCCAUUUACAAAUCUGCUCACCUUGUCCUCUUGUCUGCCAACCUGUGUGCCUUUUUUGUAAAACAUUUUCAUGUCUUUAAAAUGCCUGUUGAAUACCAAGAGUUUAGUAACAACUUCUCCACAGAUAAGUAUUCAAAGUUGACAUAAUCUUUUUGACUCUUUCUGGAAAAAAAAAAAAAAAGGAAAGAAAAUGGUCUUCCUUUUUUCUUGGGCAAUAUCUUUCACUUUACUACAGUUACUUUUGCAAAGAGAAAGGAUACACUUGUAACCACCUCCUAUUUUCUGCUCCCUAGUGUCCCAACCAGCUCCUUUUAGCUUAUCCAGCCUGCUCUGAGCAGAAUUUCUUCUCCUUUACAGUCCCCUUUUUUUUUUUUGUAAACAUAAUAAAGUUGAAGAAGCUAAGGGAGAAGAGGGGACUGUCCUGCCAGUCAGUCAGAGUCUGUAAACUCCUGAAGCCCUGCACCCCGGUGCAGUGCCCUAAACCCCUCUGCAGUGGGGUGCCACUGGCCCCCAGCCCGCCCCAACUUCAUUCUCAUACUGAUCACACUGUUUUCAAUUUAAUGCUGCCAUCUUUCUCUUGCACUGCCUACCAUGCUAACACCUCCAUUUCUGUUUAUAACGGUGUAUUUAUUACUUCAUGUAUAUAAUGUAAUGUUUUGUAAGUUAUUAAUUUAUAUACCUAACAUUGCCUGCCAAUGGUGGUGUUACAUUUGUGUAGAAAACUCUGCCUAAGAGUUGCGACUUUUCUUGUAACGUUUUGUAUUGUGUAUUAUAUAACCUGAAGGUCACUAUGGAGAGACAUACAGCCCCGCAGUGAGGGCACCCGUGGGCUUUUAUUGGAGUCUGCCCUUUUCUUAGUCUGAGUCGCUAAUACUGCUCAACCCCUUUAUGAAGUGAUUUUGGAAAUAGGAUUCUCACAUUAGAUACUAAGUGGUUUAUACCGAGCUUUUACUUUUGUAUAGUUUGAUAGGGGUAGGGAGCAGAGGGAUGUGGUUUUUACCCAUGUUCUGUCCAAAUCUGUGUACACAUAAGUUGGGUUAUAAGUGGGUUCUACUAUAAUUGUGGUUUUGGUUUAAAAAGCAACACUACAUUUGCUCACGGAUGGUUCUCCUGAGUGUUCCCAAACUACUGACUUUGGAGAGAAAGCCUUCUGCCUGCCAUUAAGCAGGAACGUCGUGUUCCAAUUAAUUACAAAAGAAAACAAUAAAACAAUGUGAAUCUUAUAAUACAAUGUGAACUGAUGUAG